AUGGAAGGAGCGAUCCCGAGGGAGUGCAACUUAUCCCUUUCCUCUUCCUCGUGGGACAAGAACCCAAUCGCCUGGAGAAAGAACUGGGUCAAGGGAAAUAAGUCCAAAGAAGAGAUCAGUGGCUUCACCGAUGCCGAACUCGGGAUUUAUGGGGCCGAAUCGGCGAAUAGCGAACUCUACAAAGUGGGAGAACACCUUGACGAGGCGAAGCUUCGAGUUAAUUAG